AUGGGUACAUUGCUACCGAACGGCACGACUUGGCAGGAAAACUGUGCCAAUGCGACGGGUGUCAAUGUAUUUCAAAUCAUCACAUUCCCUACAAAAGAGGAGGCAAAGAGGGUACAACAGUCGCGCGACUGCGUCAACUACAUCAACCAGCUAAAUCAAGAAGCCAAUACCGCUAUUCAGUGUGAAACGACGAUUGGUAACCAGACGAUCGCCUUUGCGUCGCUACUCACAGACUUACUAAAAGGCAAAUCCAGUAACAAGACCAAGCGAAUCGUCCAUCACCAGAGUAUGUCUGGUAGCAUGUCUGGGAGUGUCUCGCUCUCGACUAGUGACUUUAGCAGCGACUCAACUUCCUCCAGUGGGUCAACUAUGAGCAGCUUGGCGUCAGACGACGAAGCUUCAAGACCAUAUGCAGACGAUCAGGAGGGCAGCACCAGCCCCUCAACUAGUAGCGCUAGCGUUUUUACAGCCACCACCUUUCCCUUCGUUGCAGUAGCCGCUACCAUCUUGCUCGCUGUUGCGCUUUAA